AACCCCUAUAUUAUACAAGAAUUUCUCGUUUAAAGGUAUAAGAUAUAUAAAUGUUGAUAAAUAUUUUACUAUUGGUAGUUGACGAUAAUACAAAAAGCGCUGGUGGCCUAGCGGUAAGAGCAUGUGACCUUCAAUCCGGAGGUCGCGGGUUCAAACCCCGGCUUGUACCAAUGAGUUUUUAGGAACUAAUGUACGAAAUAUCAUUUGAUAUUUACCAUUUACGCUUUUCGGUGAAGGAAAACAUCGUGAGGAAACCGGACUCAUCCCAAUAAGGCCUAGUUUACCCUCUGGGUUGGAAGGUCAGAUGGAAGUCGCUUUCGUAAAAACUAGUGCCUCCGCCAAUUCUGGGGAUUAGUUGUCAAGCGCACCCCAGGCUCCCAUGAGCCGUGGCAAAAAUGCCGGGACAACGCGAUGAAGAAGGUAGUUGACGAUAAUAGUUACAUAUCAAUGAUUUCAGUGAAUAUAACAGAGUCAAGGCGUACACUUUGAGAAAAACAAAAUGAAUCAAUAAAUAUUGUAGGACAUUCUUAACCUUUUGAACGGCAAGGACACCUAAAGUCGUCGUUAUUUGUCGUGCCCACAGCGCCAGGGAUAACUAUAGGUGUUAUGGCGGACGCUGUCAAACUAAGCUUCACACUUUCGAGUAAGGUUUACAUUAGCUCCCUUGCGCCCGGGAGCUUGGCGUUUGAGUGAUGUUUGUAUUUAUGACAUAAAGCGUUUUAAAGGUUAAACAGAUGACUAGCCAAAGUUCAUAGUGGAUGAGUUGUAGGUAUUUAUACAACGGGUCAAUAUAACUUAUAAAUACUUAAAUACAUAAAAAUACCCAUGACAGGAACCAAUUUGUGCUCAUCACAUAAAUGUUGGCUGUUUAUUUUCUUAAUAAAAUAUUAAUUGCCGGAAUUUUUUACCAUCGCUUUUUAGGCAGGGUCACUAUCGACUAAAGUUAAGCAUAAAAAUUGUGUAAAUUGACCCGCUAUUUUCUAUCUCUCGCACGAGCAUAAAUACCUAUAUAUUGCUGUCACGCUCGCAAAGACAGUGGCAUUGACCGCCGGCAUCAUGGGCGGGACAAGCGGGUCAAUUUACGGAUUUUUUCGUGCUUAGCGUCCUUAGUUAGGCUUAUUUAAACGGUCGAAACAGUUUGAUGAAAAGGAGACUGAAGAAAAUUUUAUUUUUUUAAUAACUCGUGCAUCAUAUCAUCUCGGAAUGCGUUACUACUAAUUAAGCCCAUAAAAUGACACUAUUUUUUGAAGUCGGUUUUGUUUCCUAAUACUCAGUGGGUUAUAAUUACUAUACUCUGUGUACUUAUCAUACUUGAAAAGCUAAAUCAACAGUAGUUGGAGAGGUUUCUCUGUUCGUUAAAGUGUAACUUUUCAUUAUCGGCUUAAACAGACUGAAUUACUAAUUAAGAUCGUAAUAGAAAUAUAACGAGAAAAGACUUAACUUUUAAUUGAUCCUGGUAAUUAAUGACUGAUUAAGAUAACUUCAUAUAUCAAUUAGUAAACUAAGGAUUGCGGAGUCGCAAACACCAUAAUGUUAUUGAAGUUUUGUGUAGUCAUUUUGUUUUUAAUUCCUAUAAUUAUUUUAUUAUGUGAUGCAGAUAAAGAAUAUAGAGAGAAAAAGAACACAGUGUGUAUUGGAAAUAGUGCAAUCCCUUUUAAUAAUAUAAAAACGAGAAGAUUCAAGGGACAUCAGAAUUUUCUUAAAUUGGUUUUAAAUGCCACAAGUGUAAGAACUGUAAGAUGCUAUAAAAUAUCGGCUUGCAUUCUUUCGUGUUUUUUUCUUUCUCUUUUAAUACUUUCCAUAUUAUUAGGUGCAUCAACUAGAUGUACCUUAAUGUAGGUAGUCUGCUGUUUAUAAAAAAAAAAAGAUUUUACCGUAAUUUGAUAUUCAUGAUUUUUGUAAGCAUAAUUAUGAUUAUUGAUUUUUGAAAUCUUUAAUUGAAGCAGAUAAGUAGUUAAGUGUUGUGUUUGUCACCAAAAGAGUCUUUAGUUUAGACAAGUUAAGUACUUAAUUAUUAAUUUAAAAAAAUACGAGUGUCGUGAUACAGUCUUGUCGGAGACGCUUAAUAUUGUCGAUACAGAUGACAUUGAAGAACCCUUUAAUUAAUCAUAUUUCCAUGCUUUCAUUGGUAUCUUACAGAAUUCAUCGUCUAACAAAAUAGAACUUAGAGGUCUUAAAGGAAGAUUUUUGAAUGAACACUUUGUACUAACAUGCGAUGGACAUGUGUUGUCGACGUUUAGAAUGACGUUUGACCAUCCGGAAGUGCACACAGAAAAAUGUCCCGUAUUACUGGUCCACGGUUUGUUUCAGUCUUCUGACACAUUUUUAGAACAAGAUAAAGAUCAGUCUCUAGCAUUAAAACUUCAAAAUUUGGGAUACGACGUAUGGCUGGCAAACACGCGUGCUAGUAAAUACAAUCGAGUACACCUGCUUUACGAACCAGAAAUAAAUGUAGCUGAUGUAAACCGUUAUUUUAGCUAUAGUUACGAGGAAAUAGGCACUCUCGAUAUCGCAGCUACUGUAGAUUUUAUCCUGAGUGUGACUACACAUAAGAAGUUGAUUUACAUUGGCCAUUCGCUAGGUGGUACAUCCUUUUUGGUUUUGAAUUCUUUAAAACCAGACUAUAAUCGUAAAUUUGCAACGGCUUAUUUAUUUGCUCCACUUGGAUACCAUAGUUAUUUUCCUAACUAUAUACUUAAAGCAGAGGCAAAACGAUCACACGAAAUAUUUAAAGCAACCGUUGAAGAAGGAAUACGCGAAAUAUUUCCGUAUAAGGACGAUGACGCACGGUUCUCGCCAGAAGAUUGCCUGGGCAACAAGAGUUACAGCACAAUUUGCGAACAAUUAAACAUUCAGAAAGUCAUGGGGUUAAAAACUGUCAACAACAAUGUAGACGAGACAAGAGGUGGUUCUCUUGGACCACUGUUUCAUUUGGCUCAAAACGUUAAAUCAGGAACCUUUAGUCGAUGGGACAGCGGAGAGUUUACCAAUCUGAAACGGUACAGAAACUCAACACCUCCUAAUUAUGAUUUAGGUCUUGUCACUGUCCCAACUAAAAUAAUCUAUGCACCUAAUGAUGAAUUUGUGAGUGCCAAAGAUAUCACUAAUAUGGUUAGUGACAUGGCUAAUGCUAAGGCUGUUCAAGUAAAAAGAACUAGUUUUACACACGAAGAUUUCAUUAUGGGUCCUGAUGCCAUGGAGAAUGUAUAUGCUGAUAUUAUUGAGGAAUUGGAGAGGUCAGUGUUAUUGUUUAUGUUCUUUUGUUAUGUAUUAUUACAGCAAUUUUAAGAUUUUGUUGCAUACAUGGGCUUAGGUAUUACAUAUGAUCACACGAACAUUAUUCUUAACACAUUGAUUCUUUAUUUAAUUAAAUUGUGAUUCGAAACACAAGUUUAGGCCGUUUAGGUUUGUCAGUAUUUCAAUACUCGUAGAUCUAAGUUUAAGUAUAGACACCUGCGUUAGCUUUUUGCGUCGAAGCCUUUCGUACUGGCGUACUGAUUCGUUGACUCAGAGGGUCUUCUCUUGUGAGAAAAGUCGUGAUUGAACGUUUUUUUCCUUUCCUAAUCGUUUAAUAUUAUUUUACAAUUGUUUUUACAGGAGUCCGAAUCAUUGUAAAGAGGAGGAUAACUCAUCAAAUUUUCUUGGAAUUUUAAUGAAAUACAAGUGGACUUGGAUUUCUAUUCUAAUAAUCAUUUUAGCCAUCGUUGUUGUAUGUCUUUGCGCUUGUAAUAAAAAAGAACAUGAAAGAUACCACUGUAGAGUGCAUCUAAGGCGUGCAUUAUGAAGAUGAAUGCAAAUAGUGGUAGUUUAUUAGGAAAAAUUAAGAUGUAAAAUUGUUUACUUUGUUAUGUUAGGUUUGUGGCGGAUUCAUUUCUCGAAAAUUACCAUCUUCUAGUAAGUAGAUACGGAAUUAUUGAGACAGAAGAUCCCACUCUUCCAUGAUACAAUCCUUUUACAAAAGUGAACAUUGUAUUAAAAAAUGUGAAACCA